AAACGGGACCUUCACUUGGAUUUACCACUUAAUCGUCAGGCUUUCGGGAGAGAGAAGGGCUCUCGACUUCGGAGUUUGGACUCCCGACUCGCGAGCUGUCGAAGCUAAGGGAAGCUGCAGAGUAGAAUAUACAUGGCUGCAAAGGUGAACAAAAGACUGGAAACCCUCCAUCGAUCUACUCAUAAGCUGUAAGUUAUUUACAUAUCCACAAUGUUCAAUCUCCUCUUGAAGAUUCCUCUCCCAAUAGGGAGGACUGUGCGAGAUUCAACGACCCAACUGGGUUCUCUUCAAAACCCUUUAUUUUUCAGAUUCAUCUCCUCAAAAAGCCCUAGAGAUCAGAUUCAGAACGAUUUCGUAGUUUCUUACCUCAUAAGUUCAUGUGGGUUCUCACCCACAGCUGCCAUCUCUGCAUCCAGGAAAAUAAGUUUUUUAACCGCAGCCAGACCAGACACAAAUCUUACUCUCUUUAGAAACCAUGGUUUCACUGAAAAACAGAUUUCAAUGCUCAUUAGAAAGUGCCCAGCUUUGCUCGUGGCCAAACCUACAGAGACCCUUCUUCCGAAACUUGAGUACUUCUAUUCCGUGGGCGUUCAAAACUCUGACCUUGCCAAAAUCCUCUCGAGAGACCCAGGAGUAUUGUUCUCUAGCUUAGAAAACCAAAUCAUCCCUUCUUUUAUUUUCUUCAAGAGUUUAGUUGGGACUGUGGAGAAUGUUGUUAUUGCUCUAAAACGUCAAACCCGUUUCCUCAAAUGUAAUAUGCAGAAUCUGGCUCAAAAUGUUGCAACUUUGAGAGAAAAUGGAGUGCCUGAAUCUAAUAUUCUGACGUUACUAACUUAUUAUCCCAAAACUGUCACACCUAAAAAUGAUAGAUUCAAACAGCGGGUUGGGGAAAUUAAGCAAAUGGGUUUUGACCCUUCGAGAAGCCCUUUUGUGAUUGCUCUCGUUGGGUUUUCAUCAAUGAAUAAAUCCACAUGGAAGCAGAAAUUGGAGGCUUUUGGAAGUUGGGGUUUGUCUGAAGAUGAUACUGUCUCGGCGUUUAAGAAGUAUCCCUGGUGUAUGAUGCUGUCUGAGAAGAAAAUAAGGGCACAGAUGGAUUUCUUUCUGAACAAAAUGGGUUGGGAAUUGGCAGAUGUUACGAGGAGCCCACAAAUUCUCGGGUUUAGCUUGGAGAAGAGACUUAUCCCAAGGUGUUCAGUUCUUCGAGUUCUGCAGUUGAAAGGUCUAGUAGAGAGAGAUCAUAGUAUAGGAAGUGUGUUGAUAAAGAGUGACAAGUCCUUCAUGGAGAAGUUUGUGACCAAGUACGAGAAGGAAGUUCCUCAACUGUUGGAUGUAUACAAAGGGAAGAUUGGUCUGCCAGAACUAGGAUACGGAUCUGAUGAAGUCAGUAGAAGGAAACUUAUUGUGAAAAUAUUAAAUUUUUGAAAUUCAAUAUGAAUCUUAAUGUUUCCCUGUUUUCUGUAUUUUCCUCUGUUACAGUUCACUCUCACUGAACCUGAUAUAUUUUAGGUAUGACAACAGUUAACUUUCUGCUUUUGAAACAGGUAUUGAUUUGUUUAUAUAAGAAUUACCAUUUUUCUUGGAA